AUGUCUCAGUAUAUGAUGAGGACUAGGGUGGUAGCUCAAGGCUUGACAGUCUUUGCCCUUGUUAUUGGUAUAGGGAUGGGCGCAAGAAAGGUUAUAUAG